CACGAGUGCAUUGGUUCUUGUUGUCCAGUCGAUCCACGGAUCCAGCCUAGUAAAGAGCCAAAGCCAACCACCCCACCCUCCCCGGCUCCCCCUACUACACUGCUUGCCGACUGACUCACAGACGGUCACUGGAUUCUUCUCGUCCCCGACCAACCCCACCACUACGAGCAGCCGCCGGAGGCGAGACGGGGGGAGCAUGGCCACGGCCUCUUCCUUCACCGCCAUCUUCUUCAGCAGCGCCUUCGCCGCCUGCUUCGCAGAGGUGUGCACCAUUCCUUUGGACACAGCCAAAGUGCGGCUCCAGCUGCAGAGGAAGACGCAGCUGCCGGCUCCACCCACUGCUGCAGCUGCUGCUGGUGGAGGAAUGCUAGCCACGAUCAUGUGCAUCGCCAGGGAGGAAGGUGUUGCUGCGCUCUGGAAGGGUGUCGUCCCUGGCCUUCACCGCCAGUUCCUCUAUGGUGGCCUCCGAAUCGGCUUGUAUGAGCCUGUGAAGGCUUUCUUUGUUGGAGGUGCUGCUGUCGGUGAUGUCAGUUUGCUAAGCAAGAUUCUUGCUGCGCUUACAACGGGUGUCAUAGCGAUUGUUGUGGCAAAUCCAACUGAUCUUGUCAAAGUUAGGUUGCAAGCUGAUGGAAAGGCUAACACUGUCAAGAGGAGUUAUUCCGGAGCCCUUAAUGCAUAUGCUACAAUAAUCAGACAGGAAGGUAUUGGAGCUUUGUGGACUGGUCUUGGUCCAAAUGUCGCACGCAAUGCCAUAAUUAACGCUGCUGAGUUGGCCAGCUACGAUCAGUUCAAACAGAUGUUUCUAAAACUUCCUGGGUUUACUGAUAACGUUUUUACCCAUCUUUUAGCUGGACUUGGUGCUGGGUUUCUCGCUGUUUGCAUUGGCUCUCCAGUGGAUGUGGUGAAAUCAAGAAUGAUGGGUGAUUCAACGUACAGAAGUACUCUUGAUUGUUUUGCCAAGACACUAAAGAAUGACGGACCUGGUGCUUUCUACAAGGGAUUCAUUGCAAACUUUUGUCGGAUUGGGUCAUGGAAUGUGAUAAUGUUCUUAACUCUGGAGCAGGUUAGAAGAUUCUUUCUAUGAAGUUCACGCCUGCACAGCAAGUAGGGGUUGUGUGGGACAGGUGGAUGAUGAUAUAUAUGAGAGCUGGCAUAUAUACAUAGUUGCAAGAUUAUUGAAGCUACAGGUUCUCAUGUUGUCAUUUGUCAACCGACAGAAAGGAGCCAUAUUUGCCAUACUGCCACUUAGAUUACAUAGGACAAUACGUUCUCAUGUUGUAUUUCGAUUAUAACCGUGUUGUAAUCUUGUAUCGCAGAUUGAUUGAUUAUACAGACCACUCUGUUGGUAUAUUGUAGAGAGCGUCACUGUUCAUUGCAAGUUGAUGUUGCAGGAACACUUUAUGAAGUUUAUGCAUUUAGAUUCAUAUCA